CUGAGACCAAUACUAUGGAAGGGUGUGGAAAUUGAAAAUAAAAUACCAAAAGUUCAUGUUAGUGAAUUUCUUAACACUGAGAUUGGUGCUACCACAGUGUUCAAAUCUCUAAUAGAUUACGGCGUUGCUUUAAUAGAUCAGGUAGGUGUAUCAUUGGAAGCUACGGAAGAAGUGUGCAAAGCGCUAGGUGGUGUACAGCAUACCUUGUUUGGAGGCAUGUGGAAGUUCACCUCAAUCCAGGAUCAUGCUGAUACCGCUUACACGAAUCUACCAUUAGCUGUUCACAAUGAUAAUACCUACUUCACCGAGGCGGCUGGCCUCCAGAUACUGCAUUGCCUGGAACAUUCCAAUGGCGAAGGCGGAGAAACGAUUUUAGUCGAUGGCUUUUAUGGCGCUACGAAAUUGAAAAAUGAAUUCCCUGAGGAUUUUGAAUUCUUGACAAAUUUUAAUUUGGACGCCGAAUAUUUGGAAGAUGGUCAUCAUUAUAGACAUUCGGCGCCUGUUAUAAAUGUUGAUAAGGAAAAGAAUUUGGAACAAAUAAGGUUUAAUGUUUACGACCGCUCACCGAUGGCAUUCUCCAGUAGUGAGGAAUGCAGGUCAUACUACCGCGCGCUGUGGAAUCUUUCGACCUAUUACCAAAAUACCGACUGUCAAUGGAAAUUUAAAUUAUAUCCAGGUUUGGUGAUGGUGAUGGACAACUUCAGAGUACUCCAUGGAAGGACAGCAUUCACUGGAAAUCGUAUAAUUUGUGGCAGUUACGUGUCACGCUCCGAUUGGCUUAAUAAAGCACGCGCUUUGAAACUUAUACAGUAG